AUGAAUCGUCUUCAAAAUGAACUGGAACUAAGAAGAAAACAAUACAAUACAGAAAUAGAGGAAAUUACCAGACAUCGCCAAGAACAAAAACGUAAGUUUGAGGAAGAGCUUGAAGAGUUUCAGAAUGAGAAGAAGCUUGAAGAGCGUAGGCAGCGUUACCACGAACACGAGGCUAUUAUUAGUGAGAAAGAAGAGGAAUUAACUCGACGUAAAGCUCAAGUAGUGGAGCAGGAACGCGAGAUACGCGAGUAUGAAGAGUAUCUUGAUCGAAGGCAUGCAGUCUGCAAUAGCAAAGAAGAAGAUCUCAGUGUGCUACAAAAUGCAUAAAUUUACCCAUUUGCUAAUGCUCUAUGGUAUGGGAUGCUAAUGUGUUGGGGGNAUGUAUAGCCCAUCAAAGCCCUGAUAGUUUGUUGUUGUUUACAUCACAGGCGUGCUAGUCGUAUGAGCAAUGUUAGUCGUGCAGAACUACGAGUAGAAGAAUUGAAGCAGCAAAAUAAACAACUAUUGGAAGAGCUUUUCUCAUUAAAGAAAACACUGGAAAGCAGGGACGAGGAAUUGGAGGACUCACGGCAAACGAUGGAUGUUMUCAGCUCAGAAAACAAGCGACUUUCACAGAAAGUAAAAAACUUAGAAUCUCAACUAGAACUUUCUAGGAAAACCGCGGAGUUACACGGCUCCGACACGCCUCUUGCGUCAGUUGAAGAUAUCUUACGWAAAAACGCUAUAGAGAUGCGUAACUCACGAGUCAGUCGUGCWUCCCGUGUUCACUUGGAACCGCUUAAUAUUUCGUCUUCUCAUACUCGACUAUCAAGAACGAAUUCUGGUGACUCUGAGUACUCAAAGAUCGCAAAGUCAUCGAGUAGUGGUGAAUCUAAUGGUAAAGUAUCGUCGAGAGGACGUCAAUCUGGAAGCUCUGAYGAAAAACAACWAAAACAUUCACUCAAAAACGGAACUGAAAAGACAACGAGUUCUCUGUGCACUGUUAUGUAGCAUUAUUAUCAUACAGCACGAAUGGCAUGGAAAAUGUGCUCCGAAUCGAGGCUAAUGCUGAAAGUGAUAUAACUUUUACAAGACUAAUAUAUAUAUAUAUAACGAUUACACUUAAAUAUUACACCCAUACGCAUAUGAUUAAAUGAUUUUAACGACCAAAACACUUUGAUUUACGCCAAUUAAAAUACAGCUGGACUGUGAUUGGUUCAUUUUAGUACACCUGAAGAAUGACAUCAAUUUGACUAGUUUUGAAACUUCUCACAAUGCUUCUUGAGAAUGACUGACCUUUUCCAGUCCUUUUCAUAGAAUGCAGGCAUUGUAAUUUAGUACGUCCACACUUAUGGAAACAGUUAAAGAUAUGCUCGACAAAAUAAUUAUUUAAAUAAAAAAACUCAAAAAAACUCAUCAAUUUGACUAGUUUUGAAACUUCUCACAAUGCUUCUUGAGAAUGACUGACCUUUUCCAGUCCUUUUCAUAGAAUGCAGGCAUUGUAAUUUAGUACGUCCACACUUAUGGAAACAGUUAAAGAUAUGCUCGACAAAAUAAUUAUUUAAAUAAAAAAACUCAAAAAAACUCAUCAAUUUGACUAGUUUUGAAACUUCUCACAAUGCUUCUUGAGAAUGACUGACCUUUUCCAGUCCUUUUCAUAGAAUGCAGGCAUUGUAAUUUAGUACGUCCACACUUAUGGAAACAGUUAAAGAUAUGCUCGACAAAAUAAUUAUUUAAAUAAAAAAACUCAAAAAAACUCAUCAAUUUGACUAGUUUUGAAACUUCUCACAAUGCUUCUUGAGAAUGACUGACCUUUUCCAGUCCUUUUCAUAGAAUGCAGGCAUUGUAAUUUAGUACGUCCACACUUAUGGAAACAGUUAAAGAUAUGCUCGACAAAAUAAUUAUUUAAAUAAAAAAACUCAAAAAAACUCAUCAAUUUGACUAGUUUUGAAACUUCUCACAAUGCUUCUUGAGAAUGACUGACCUUUUCCAGUCCUUUUCAUAGAAUGCAGGCAUUGUAAUUUAGUACGUCCACACUUAUGGAAACAGUUAAAGAUAUGCUCGACAAAAUAAUUAUUUAAAUAAAAAAACUCAAAAAAACUCAUCAAUUUGACUAGUUUUGAAACUUCUCACAAUGCUUCUUGAGAAUGACUGACCUUUUCCAGUCCUUUUCAUAGAAUGCAGGCAUUGUAAUUUAGUACGUCCACACUUAUGGAAACAGUUAAAGAUAUGCUCGACAAAAUAAUUAUUUAAAUAAAAAAACUCAAAAAAACUCAUCAAUUUGACUAGUUUUGAAACUUCUCACAAUGCUUCUUGAGAAUGACUGACCUUUUCCAGUCCUUUUCAUAGAAUGCAGGCAUUGUAAUUUAGUACGUCCACACUUAUGGAAACAGUUAAAGAUAUGCUCGACAAAAUAAUUAUUUAAAUAAAAAAACUCAAAAAAACUCAUCAAUUUGACUAGUUUUGAAACUUCUCACAAUGCUUCUUGAGAAUGACUGACCUUUUCCAGUCCUUUUCAUAGAAUGCAGGCAUUGUAAUUUAGUACGUCCACACUUAUGGAAACAGUUAAAGAUAUGCUCGACAAAAUAAUUAUUUAAAUAAAAAAACUCAAAAAAACUCAUCAAUUUGACUAGUUUUGAAACUUCUCACAAUGCUUCUUGAGAAUGACUGACCUUUUCCAGUCCUUUUCAUAGAAUGCAGGCAUUGUAAUUUAGUACGUCCACACUUAUGGAAACAGUUAAAGAUAUGCUCGACAAAAUAAUUAUUUAAAUAAAAAAACUCAAAAAAACUCAUCAAUUUGACUAGUUUUGAAACUUCUCACAAUGCUUCUUGAGAAUGACUGACCUUUUCCAGUCCUUUUCAUAGAAUGCAGGCAUUGUAAUUUAGUACGUCCACACUUAUGGAAACAGUUAAAGAUAUGCUCGACAAAAUAAUUAUUUAAAUAAAAAAACUCAAAAAAACUCAUCAAUUUGACUAGUUUUGAAACUUCUCACAAUGCUUCUUGAGAAUGACUGACCUUUUCCAGUCCUUUUCAUAGAAUGCAGGCAUUGUAAUUUAGUACGUCCACACUUAUGGAAACAGUUAAAGAUAUGCUCGACAAAAUAAUUAUUUAAAUAAAAAAACUCAAAAAAACUCAUCAAUUUGACUAGUUUUGAAACUUCUCACAAUGCUUCUUGAGAAUGACUGACCUUUUCCAGUCCUUUUCAUAGAAUGCAGGCAUUGUAAUUUAGUACGUCCACACUUAUGGAAACAGUUAAAGAUAUGCUCGACAAAAUAAUUAUUUAAAUAAAAAAACUCAAAAAAACUCAUCAAUUUGACUAGUUUUGAAACUUCUCACAAUGCUUCUUGAGAAUGACUGACCUUUUCCAGUCCUUUUCAUAGAAUGCAGGCAUUGUAAUUUAGUACGUCCACACUUAUGGAAACAGUUAAAGAUAUGCUCGACAAAAUAAUUAUUUAAAUAAAAAAACUCAAAAAAACUCAUCAAUUUGACUAGUUUUGAAA